AUGGAACGCGCUCGCAUGCGACUUUCCAGCUUCGAUGUAAUUAUUCCGUUAUCGGAGAUGGACGAUGGCGAUGAUGAGCUGCUAACGGUGCACGAUGCCGUUUACGGUACGUUUAGUUUACCAGCGUACAUUCGAACCGUUGUGCAAACGGUCGAAUUUAUGCGGCUGAAACACUUGAAGCAGUUAGGUGUAUCGAACGCAGUAUUUGAAACGGCCGUGCACACCCGUUACGAUCACUGUUUGGGUGCAUGUUACCUUGCCGGAUGUUUGCUGGAUGAGAUAAAUAAGACCCUGGAUCAACCAGUUACCGCGGAUGAAAGGAAAUGUGUGAUGUUGGCUGCCGUGAUGCACGAUUUAGGGCACGGUCCGUUCUCCCAUUUGUGGGAAAAAUUUGUCGAAGCUUAUGGCCUUCAUUGGAGGCACGAACGAUCAUCGGUUGAUCUCGCACAAAGAGUACUACAACGUAUGGGAAAUGUGUCUGAAAAACAGAUCAAUCUCGUGUGUGCCUUUAUACGAGGUGAUGCAGCCGCCCUACUGCCCGCCGAUCGACAGUUUUUGACGCAAAUCGUUAGCAGUGAUGUGGAUGUGGAUCGAUGCGAUUAUCUGCAGCGUGAUGCUCACGGUGUACCGGGUGUAAUUAAACCGUCCCGCCCAUUUCGUCGGAUGUUCGACCGUGUUCGGGUUGUACGGGUGCAGGGAAAAGGUCAGCUCGCGUAUCACUGGGAGGAUUAUCCGCUGGUGUACGAGAUGGCCUGUGCUCGGCAAACGUUUCAUCGCCGCUGCUAUCAACAUCCACAGGUGUUGGGUGCGGAACUGAUGAUGCUGGACGUGAUGCAUGCUGCCGAACAGGGUGGCUUUCAAUUUACGCGUGAUGGUGUAAGUGAACAACUUUCAAGAGUACAUAGUAAUCCCGAACUGUUCAAGUAUUUAAACGACCGUAUUGCUGUGGAGCUGGCCUUCAGUAAUCUUCCCGGGCUCGAGCGAGCAAAAGCAAUAAUUGAGCGUAUGCAAAACAAUGAUCUGUACGAAGAGAUUGCUCGUUUUUCGACAGACAUGACAAAAGAGAUUAAGCAUUACAACUGCCAACAGGGAGAAUCCGUUGUAGCGCAAGCAACGCGCUACAUAAAAUCAUCGAAACAAUGGUUUGCUAGCUUUAACGUUACCUUCUAUAAGCCCGGUACCGAUAGUGGCAGUAUCGAAAUUGUUUCCCUGGAGGAAGCAAGGGACCUGUACCGUGCCGUUACAUCGUUCGAGACGGCAGAGGAGAUUGAGGAGUAUCUCGUAUACUGUACGAGCGCCAAUUCGGAUGUCCAAAGAAAUGCGAAGCAACACUUUACGAACCUGAUGAACGGAACGACCAUAGAAAGCUAG